AUGCAAAAACUGCAGAAGAAGAAAAAGUCCAAGAAGACAUUCUUUUUGCUCUUGCUGGCAAAUGCACUUUUGUUUUGCAUUUCCAUUGCUCUCAUUGUUUUUUCUGUUCUCAGAAAGCCUACCUUGACAGAUGCACAAUGUGACCGUAUUCUUUCUCCAUACUCACCCGCACUUGAGGCUGUUGAGUACGAAACAUACACAUUCAAGAAUAACUUUAGCCAGCCAUCCGAAUACCGAGGCCCACCUACCCCAGAGCGAGAAGCUGCCUGGAAAAAGCUAACGCAUGGUAUGGCUUCAUGCAGUAGAGAUGAGAUCAUCAGAAAAUUGACAGAAAACAUAGGUCCUGCAAUCAAUGUUCCUAUGGAAAAGCUCUAUCUGUUGAAUAAAUCCACCGAAAUUGAUUGGGUGCGCACACCAGAAGAGGCAGGCGGGGGCGCUGCAGCCCUUUUGGAAGUGGUUCACCAACUGCACUGCUUGGGCAUGUUACGCAAAUGGUCAUACCGCGAAUGGUAUGAGGAAGCUCCCCCCGAGUUUGAUGGCCCCGAAAAUCUGAUGCAUAUGCAUGUUGAUCACUGUAUAGAGAUGCUUCGUGUGCACUUGAUGUGUGCGAGUGAUGUGACUCCUUUCCUGUCUACCGUCGACAAUGAUUCGAUCAUUGGGAAGCGUGCAGACUUUGAAUCCAUGCAUAAAUGUCGCAAUUUCUCAAAAAUACAGGAGUGGAUGUGGGAUAACUUGGCAAUUCCGUGA